CCAUGCUAUUGGUCUUCCAAGAUGGAUGAUCCAGCUUCAGAAACUCGGACGAACCACAACCGAGCCGUCUCGGGCUCAGGCUUGUCCAUGUUGAAGCCGCGGCACCAGAGACAAGGUUCGCCUGACAGCGCGCACUCGCGAUCGUCUUCCAUGUCCAAAAACUCCAUUCAAGACAGGCUAUUUAACAAACUUCUACAACAAGUCAUCCCCGCAGACGAUGACGCGGAAACCGUCACCGGGGACAAGGCCAUGGCAAACUCCCCUAAGAAACCACCAUUUAGUCUCCCAGCAAUGACAAAUAACUUUCGUCGAUUUAAUGCAAGAAUCGGUGUGGUGUUUCUCUUCCAGGCCCAGGCAGAGAGUCUGUUCAGCUGGAAAACGCCAACCCACACCUUGUCUUUCCUCUUCGUAUAUUCCUUUAUCUGCUUGGAUCCGCACUUAUUAUUGGUACUCCCACUGGUGAUUUUCCUUCUCUUCAUCAUGGUGCCGGCUUUCCUGACUCGCCACCCUCCACCACCUUCUACAUCUACCUCCAGCACGACACCCUAUUAUUCCUAUGAGGGCCCGGCAUUGGCCCCGGCAAAGACUAUCAAACCGGCCCCUGAGACAUCUAAGGACUUUUUCCGUAACAUGCGUGAUCUACAGAACUGCAUGGCCGAUUUCUCCGACGCUCAUGAUGCAACUGUCUCUGUAGUUGCGCCACUCACGAACUUCUCUAACGAAAAGCUGUCCUCGGCUCUAUUCCUAGGGUGCACAGUGGCUACAGUGGUGUUAUUCUUGACCGCGCAUCUUGUACCAAUUCGGCUGAUCAUGCUAGCGGCUGGGAAUGCAGGUGUUUUGUCAAAUAAUCCCAAGGUGCGACAAUUCUUCCAGGGUUUGAUGCAGGAUGUGAGCGGAGUAGGAGAUCAAGAUGUCUUCCUAAGUGAUGAAGCUGAGCAAGAGUUGUUUGGACGACCGGUCCCGAAGACGCCAUCCGCAGCCGCUUCAGCUCUGGAACAGUUGGCAGACAUCUCCCUAGACACCGAACCAGAAGAGCGCGAGGUCGAGAUCUUUGAAAUACAACACCGAGCUCCAGGCGCUUCAGAAUCAGGCUGGGAAAACUUCUUGUUCAGUCCACAACCGUAUGACCCACUGUCUCCGUCUCGAAUUGCAGGCGAUCGGCCCCGUGGGUGUCGAUUCUUUGACGAUGUCCGCACGCCAUCAGGGUGGAAGUGGAAGAGUAAGAAGUGGGAACUUGACCUAGACUGCCGGGAGUGGGUUGUGGAGCGCAUGAUUACUGGCGUUGGCUUCGAGGUUCCAGGUGUGGCACCAGAAGGAAAUGCUGUCGUCGUCGACGAGGUAGGAGGCUGGGUCUGGGACCUUCCUGCUGAACCGUCUGCUAGUGAAGAAGAAGAAAUGACUGGAAUGGCCUAUGGAGACUUGCCUCCAGAGAGAAAGCAAGAUCGCACGCCAUCAAAAGUGAACCGGGGCAAGGCUGCCACCCGAGACUGGGAAGAAGGAAACCCCGCUUCGUUCGGGGUGGGAGAAUGGCGACGCCGUCGAUGGGUGCGGAUUGUGCAGCGCAUGAAUGCCCCCCCAGCUGGCACUACAACUAUCACAUACUCGACCCUGGGCCAUUAA